AUGAUGCAUUCUGAGCCGCAAAGAAUAAAAUUUUUGACUUUCAAUACUUGGGGGUUGAAGUAUGUUUCAAAGCAUAGACGAGCAAGAUUAAGGGCAUUGGCAGAAAAAUUAGCAGGACAUCAGAAUAGCAACAUUAAAUCACUACCUAAUAGUGAAGAUCUCUAUGCAGAUAAUGAUUUUGAGGAUUAUGAUAUAGUUGCACUACAGGAAAUCUGGUGCAAGGAAGAUUGGGAUUAUAUUGUAGAACAAUGUGGUAAGAUUUUUCCUUACUAUAGAUGGUUUUAUUCUGGAAUACUGUCAGGCCCUGGAUUGGCAAUACUUUCAAAAAUUCCGAUUGAAUCAACGUUUUUGUACAGAUAUCCAAUUAAUGGGAGACCAAGUGCUAUUCAUAGAGGGGAUUGGUAUGUUGGCAAAUCGAUUGCAAUUACUACAUUACGUAACAGAGAGAAUCCGACUACACCCAUUGUCAUUAUGAAUAGUCAUAUGCAUGCACCUUAUUCAUUGACUGGUGAUGCUGCAUAUAGUUGUCAUCGAUCAUGCCAAGCGUGGGACUUUGCAAAAUUGGCAAAAAUAUACAGAGAGGCUGGUUAUGCUGUAGUUAUUGUUGGUGAUUUGAAUUCUCGUCCAGGAUCGUUACCUCAUAAUAUUUUAACGAAAGAGGCUGGAUUAAUUGACUCUUGGGAACAAUUGCAUGGAAAACAAGAUUUAGAAAAGAUUAGAACGAUGAAUGCAAUGGAUCAAUUGGUUUAUGCCUGCACAACAUGUGAUUCUACUCUUAAUACUUGGAGAGCCAACAGGAGACCUGAUGAGGCUUGUAGAUUGGACUAUGCUUUGGUUGAUCCAAGAAGAUUGACUACGAUUAAGACUGGCAUCAAGUUUACGGAGCUUAUUGAUGGCGUCGGUAGUUUUUCGGAUCAUUUUGCUUAUAGUUGCACACUAGAGGUAUUAAGAGACAAUAACGUUAAAAAACUGCAGACAGAAUUAUCUGAUCGCAUUAAGAUCCAUGAAGACUUGGAGUUAUGUAUAGAGGAUUAUCUAAUAACGGCAAGAAAACAAAAAUUUUUACGUGGGCUUCAUUUUUGGAUGUCAGUAUUUCUCAUGAUAAGUUGUGCUGUUGUUACAACUUUCACCAGUAAUGUAGCUGGGUGGUCAUCGAUAUUUUGGGUUUUAUUUGCAAUAGUUGUUGCAGUCACUGGUGUUAUAGAUGGCAUGAUAUCCUUCCUAUUUGGAAGGUCUGAAAUCAGAGCAUUAUGGGAGGUUCAACAUGAGGUAAAGGAUUCAAAGAGAUAUCUUGAAGAGAUGUCUGCCUAA